AUGGAUCAAAAUUUUGCACCAGAACAUUUUGAUACUAUUUUUAGAUUCCUUCAAACUAAUAAAGAUUUACAUUCUUGUCUCUUGGUUAAUAAACGUUGGGCUACUUGUGCAGUUCCAAUUUUAUGGGAAGCACCCUUCAAGAUUAAUGGCAAGAAUAUUCCAUCUUCCAAAGUGAUCCAAACCUAUCUUGCACUUAUACCAGAUAGUACCUUUCUCAAAUUGGGAUAUAAUGGAAGAAUCGGGUUGUCGAUUACUAGACCUCUUUUUUUUAACUAUCCGUCAUUUCUGAAAGAAUUUUCGUAUGACCAAUUCCUUAAUGCUGCCAUAGCAAACAAUUGCUGUAAUGAUAUUAUAAUUGAAUUAUUUAAAUUACUUACUAUGAAUAGUGUAAAAUUACGCCGAUUUAAUAUUUAUAACCGUCUUAAUCAUUAUCCUGAAAACCUAGAUAAUAUAGGAUAUUCUGUUCUUCCACAUUUUUCUGAAUGCAUUUCUAUAUUUAGUAGACUGAAUUAUUUUAAUUGCAGCUAUCAAUGGCCCAUGGAAAAAACACAACUUUUUAAUGCAAUAGCGGAGGAAUGUCAUAAUAUUGAAAACCUUAAAAUCAGUAUUUGUUAUAAGAAUGAAGGGAUAGCUUUGGCGGCUCUCAUUCGUUCACAAAAUCAUUUAAAAAAGUUCUCACUGAUUAAUAGUAAUAAUUUUGCAUCAUUUCCUGUCCAGGCUCUAAUGAAUCAAACACACUCGCUUAAAAGUCUAGCACUUGAAGACAUGCAUUGUGACCGUAACUUAAGCAAGACAAAAUUUUUUAAUUAUGCUAUGUGUCAAUUAAAUAGCAGUGCUAUCAAUGUGUUAGCUCAGUGUAUAAAAAUCAACAAAUUGAAGUUUAAACACUGUGAAGGCCUCAACUCCUCCGCAUUUUUUCCUCUCGCUACUGCUUUUUCAAACUUAACAUCUUUAGAAUAUUCUUAUGGUACUUAUGAAAUUUAUGAUAGAGCAAUCCCUAUUACAUUAUUAUCUGGCCUCAUUAUGGCAAAUUGCAAUACACUUAAAAGAAUUAUACUUGAUUGGCAUUCUC